AUGUCUUCAAUAUUGAGUGAUGUUACUAAUCAAUUAGAUCACUCUUCAAGGCAUUUAUCGAGCAAGAAGCCAGUGGUACCAUGGAAUCUAACUGUGGAAAGCUCAACACUAACCGCACCUGAAUCCAUUCCAAAUACAUCGUCAGAUUAUACUGAUUUUGGUGAGAUGAAUCAUGUUUGCCAAUAUUGUGGUGCUUAUUUUUGGUAUGCUGAAAGAGCUGGCAAAUCUAGGAAUGCGGCUGAACCAAAGUUCUCGGUUUGCUGCCUUAAGGGCAAGAUAUCCCUGCCUCAUUUCCAAACACCCCCGGAAUUACUGCAAGAUCUAUUUUCAGGUGUUGACGAACGGAGUUGUCAUUUCCUUGAUCAUUUACGUACAUACAAUAGCAUGUUUUCAUUUACGUCACUUGGGGGGAAAAUUGAUGCGAAUCUAAAUGACGGUGGAGGUCCUCCGCAGUUUGUUAUUAGUGGUCAAAAUUAUCACCGCAUAGGUAGUUUGAUUCCUAAUGAAGGUGACAAACCUAAAUUUGCCCAGCUAUACAUAUAUGAUACGAAGAAUGAAGUCGUUAAUAGAAUGGCUCCUUUCGGUGAUAAAGCUGGUUCAUGUAGCAUUGAUCCAACCUUAGUUAGUGAUCUGAUAAAGAUGGUUGAUGAGUCGAAUAAAUUGGCUAAAUCUUUUAGAAGAGUCCGAGAUCACAUUGAAGAAGGCGGUGGUGAAAAUGUUUCUCUACGGCUAUUUAGAAACCGUAAGCAAAAUCCAAACACAUAUAAUCUCCCAAGUGUGGAUGAGGUUGCAGCUUUGAUCGUUGGAGAUUUUGAUAGUUCAGAUUGCGGUCGUGUCAUUAUCAUACGCACACAAAGUGGCUUCUUGCAGCGAAUCCCUGAAUAUCAUGCAGCGUUUCUACCGCUCCAAUACCCUAUUCUUUUUCCAUAUGGCACAAAUGGGUAUGCUGAUGGCAUUAAAUUUUCCCGAAAUCCUGAUAAUGUUCGUGGAUGGAAACGCAAACGUAUAUCUCUAAGGGAAUGGGUUGCUUAUAGGCUGCAAGAGAGGGAAAGCGAGUUUAAUGGAUUAUUGUUGAGUAGAAGACUAUUCCAACAAUUUGUAGUUGAUUGUUAUUCUAUGAUUGAAUCAGCUAGGUUGCUAUAUGUUCGUAGAAAUCAGCACAUUAUCCGUAAAGAAAUCCUAUCUGGUAUUCAAGAGGCUGUUGAUCGUGGAGACACAAAUUCGUCUACUGUUGGUUCGAGGAUUGUUCUACCUUCUUCAUUCACAGGUGGUAGGCGUUACAUGUUCAAUAACUGUCAGGAUGCAAUGGCUAUUUGUAGAAGUUUUGGUUAUCCAGAUUUGUUUGUUACAAUGACGUGUAAUCCGAAGUGGCCUGAGAUUGUUCGCCAAGCAGCCAAACAUGGGUUGUUAGCCUACGAUCGACCAGAUGUUGCUUGCAGAGUUUUUCGAGCGAAGCUUAAUCAGCUUAUGUCUGAUUUCAAAAAGGGAGAAUUUUUUGGAAAAGUAAUUGCAGCGAUGUACACAAUUGAGUUUCAAAAGAGGGGUCUUCCACAUGCACAUAUUCUUCUUUGGCUCCAUGCAAGUUGUAAACUCAUAACUCCUGAUAUGAUUGAUGCUGUAAUAUGUGCUGAACUUCCAAAUCCUGAGAGCGAUCCUAUACUUUUCCAGGCAGUUUCUAACUACAUGGUUCAUGGUCCAUGUGGAUUAAGUAACAAGCAAUCGCCUUGCAUGAAGGAUGGACAUUGUUCCAAAUACUUUCCCAAAGAAUUCACAGAUCAUACAUCAUUUGAUAGUGAUGGAUUUCCGAUUUAUAGAAGGAGAAAUUCUGGGAUCACAACAACUAGAAGAGAUGUGCCUUUGCAUAAUGGGUAUGUUGUUCCAUAUAAUCCGAAGUUGUUGUUGAAAUAUCAAGCACACAUUAACAUUGAAUAUUGCAACAAGUCAAACUCGAUCAAGUAUUUGUUUAAAUACAUUAAUAAGGGUGUCGAUCGGGUUACAAUGUCAAUGUCUGUGGGUGAAAAUGUCAAUGAGGUUGAUGAGAUCAAACAAUAUUAUGAUUGUAGAUAUAUUUCACCGUGUGAAGCUGUGUGGAGAAUUUUUAAGUUUGAGAUACACCAUAAAUGGCCACCUGUUAAGAGAUUGCGAUUUCACUUGCCCAACAAACAGGUUGUUAUCUUUAAAAAUGAUGUUGCAGUGAAUGGUGUACUAAAGCGGUCAAGAGAAAAACUUACAAUGUUCAUGGCAUGGAUGGUAGCAAAUGCAAAAUAUGACAUUGGUAAGGAUUUAACCUAUGCUGACUUCCCUUCUAUGUUUGUUUAUGAUCGUUCUAAGUGCGAGUGGAGACCUCGGAAGCAAGGUUUCUCAAUUGGACGAAUGAACUUCAUGCCUCCGGGAACUUGUGAGUUAUUCUAUAUGAGGCUAUUGCUUAAUGUGCAACGUGGAUGUAGCAGCUUUGAAGAGUUGAGGACUGUGAAAAAUCACACACAUGAUACAUUUCAAGAAGCUUGUGAUGCAUUGGGUUUGUUGACCGAUGAUCAACAGUUUAUUGAUGCCAUACAUGAGGCUUCUGAGCUAGGAUCCGGUUUUUACCUUAGAUCAUUGUUUGUUAGAUUGUUGUUAUCCAAUACAAUGGCAAAUCCUCGGAACGUGUGGGAAAAAUCAUUUAUUCAUCUAGCUGAUGGAAUAGUUCACGAACGACGAAGGUUACUCAACAAACCAGGGCUUACAAUGGAUGAGGAAAGUUUACAGAAACUUUGUUUGUUAGAGAUUGAGAAAAUUUUGUUGGUUAAUGGAAGAUCAUUGAAAGACUUCAAUGGCAUGCCCUGUGUUGAUCCGAACUUACUUGCGGAGUAUGGAAACUUGCUAAUGUUUAAUGAAAUGAAUUAUGAUACUAAUGAGAUGAGUCGUUUGCACAUAGAAUGCAUGCAGAAGUUGAACUCAGGUCAAAUGAAUUUGUUUCUUGAGAUAAUGUCAGCAGUUUGUAGUGAUAAGGGAGGAUUCUUCUUUGUCUAUGGUUACGGUGGUACUGGGAAGACAUUUCUCUGGAAAACAUUAACGUACAAACUUCGAGCUGAGAAAAAAAUAGUCUUGAACGUUGCAUCUAGCGGUAUAGCAUCUUUGUUACUACCUGGAGGCAGGACUGCUCACUCGCUUUUUUCCAUCCCUUUAAAUUUGGAUGAGGAUUCAUGUUGUUGUAUAUCACAACGUAGCCCAAAAGCAGAAUUACUUCAAGCUGCAAGUCUAAUCAUUUGGGAUGAGGCCCCAAUGGUUAGUAAAUAUGCAUUUGAGGCACUUGACAGAACAUUAAGAGAUAUUAUGAAGGUGAAGGACAAGGAUAGCAUGGACAAACCAUUUGGUGGCAAAACUGUUGUAUUGGGCGGAGACUUUAGACAAAUAUUGCCUGUUAUUCCGAAGGGUAGUAGGGCAGAUAUUGUUAUGGCCACUAUUAAUUCAUCCCGUUUGUGGAGACAUUGCAAGGUUCUUACAUUAUCGGAAAAUAUGCGGCUGUUGACUAACUCGUCCUUGGAAGAGAUUGAUGAAGUUCGAUCAUUUGCCAAAUGGGUACUUGACCUUGGGGAUGGUAAAUUAGGUGUUUCAAAUGAUGGUGAAAGUGAAAUCUGUAUUCCAGAUGAUUUGUUGAUUCAAGCUUCUUCUGAUCCCAUUUCUGAUAUUGUUAAAUUCACCUACAACAACAUUAGGGAAGACAUGGUAAAUGUGGAUUAUUACAAAGACAAAGCAAUUCUUGCUCCAACAUUGGAUGCAGUCGAGUCUAUUAAUCAGUAUGUGUUGUCCCUUAUUCAUGGUGAAGAAGUGACAUAUUCAAGUUCUGACACGAUGUGGAGGGUGGAUGAACAAGUUGGUAUCAUGGCUGAUUGGAUUACAACAGAAUUUCUAAAUGAUAUCAAGUGCUUAGGUAUACCUGAUCACAAAUUGGUGUUGAAGAAUGGUGCUCCAAUCAUGUUGAUGCGUAACCUUGAUAUAUCAUCAGGUUUGUGUAAUGGCACUAGAUUAAUUGUGGAGCAUUUAUGUCCAAAUGUCAUCGGUGCUAUUAUUAUUACUGGUACACACAUAGGCAAAAAGACUUUUAUUUCUAAAAUGGAUUUGAUACCUUCAGAUCCUAAUCUUCCAAUCAAGUUUAUGCGGCGCCAGUUUCCUGUGUGCUUAUCAUUUGCCAUGACCAUAAACAAGAGUCAAGGCCAGAGUUUAUCACAUGUAGGUGUAUAUCUACCUAAGCCGGUUUUCUCUCAUGGUCAACUCUAUGUUGCUGUCUCAAGGGUGAAGUCAAGAUCUGGGUUAAAAAUCCUCAUUUCUGAUGAUGAUAUAGGGAGACGUCGGGCCACGAAGAAUAUUGUAUACAAAGAGAUUUUCCAAAAAAUAUAUAAUUAA